UAGGAUGAAACGGAAUAGAAUGACAUUUGAGGUAAGGAAAAAAGUAGGAAGUUUUUAAAAUAAUCUAGGCAAUAACAGAUGAGAGCCUGAAUUAAGGUUUUAGCUGUGUGAGUAGAGAGAAAGGAUCAGAAUCAACAGCUAUUGUAUAGGGCAGGUGAUUGAUAUUGUUAUGGAUAUUGCUAGAUAUUGAUAUGGCAACAUGUGGCAACAAAUUAAAUUUAUUGGGUGAUAAAGGGCAAAGACUCAGAGUUAAUGCAUGGGUUAAAAUCUUGGGAGAAUGAAAAGAUGAAGAUAUGAAAAGAUAUUUGACAGAAAUAGGAAAUUUUGGAAGAGAGAACAAUUUAGGGGAAAAGAUAAUGAAUGAGUUCAGUUUUAAGUAUAUUAAGAUAUCUUUAGAAUAUCCAAUUUGAAAUGUUUAAUAGAAAUUUGACAAUGUGGAUCUGAAGCUCAGGAAAGAGAAUGGAUUUAAAUAUAUAGAUGUGCAGUCAUCUUCAUUAAUAUUAAUUAAUACCCUUAGUGAUGAUGAGGUAACCAAGAGAGCAUAUGCAAAAGAGGGAAUAAAGAAGGGCCAAAUCAAUGUGUAUCAAUGGUCAGACUGUGGAAGAUGUUUGUUAAAUAUAAAGAACCAUUUUCUAACCCUUAGAGUUGCCCAUAAAUAGAAAGUCUUGCUGGUGUGAUAGUGUACUGUUUACAUUGGAUGUGUUCAAUAACCCCUUUUGAGAGCACCAUUUAAUGUUUGGGUAGGAAAUUAAAUUUUAAAGAUCCCCUCUAAUAGUGGAUUUUAUGAUUCUUUAGGUUAAAGUCAUCUACUCAAUAUCUCAUUAUUCUUUUAAAAAAAACAUGAGUGACACCAACAAGACCUGGGUGACAGAAUUCUUCUUUCUAGGACUUUCUGAUGAUCUUCAAAUUCAGCAACUUCUCUUCAUACUCUUCCUGAUAGUCUACUUGGUUACUGUGCUUGGAAACCUGCUUCUCAUCUCCCUGGUUCUGAUUGACUCACAACUCCAUACAUCCAUGUACUUUUUCCUUUGCAACUUGUCUUUGGCUGACCUGUGCUUUUCUACUUGUAUUGUUCCCCAAGUUCUUGCCCAUAUGUUAUCCAAAAGAAAAGUUAUUUCCUUCACAGGCUGUGCAGCUCAGCUUCUUUUCUCCAUCUUUUUAGGAGGCACAGAGUGUGCUCUGUUAGCUGUGAUGUCCUAUGACAGGUACUUGGCAAUCUGUGACCCCAUGCACUACCCUAUCAUCAUGACAUCGAGGUUAUGUGGCCACUUGGCCUUGGGUUGCUGGGUCAGUGGUAUUCUAGUGGCUUUGGUUGACACCACAUUCACAUUGCGACUCCCUUACCAAGGAGAUAAUAGAAUUGCUCAUUUCUUUUGUGAGUCCCCAGCCCUCUUAGCCUUGGCUUCUGCAGACACCCACAGCUCAAAGAUGGCCAUUUUCUUAAUGGGUUCUGUGAUUCUUCUUGCACCUGUGUCUCUGAUUCUGGCAUCCUAUGGCUCCAUUAUAGUGACUGUGAUCAAGAUGAAGACAACCUCAGGGAGACGUAAAGCAUUCUCUACUUGUGGCUCCCACCUCCUUGUAGUCAUUGUUUUUUAUGGGUCAGCUAUCAUUAACUAUGUGACACUUAAACCCUCAAAAGAGCAGGCAAAAGUGGCGUCUGUAUUUUAUGCUGUGAUAAACCCCAUGCUUAAUCCCCUCAUUUACAGCCUGAGGAAUAAGGAUGUGAAUAAGGCACUUAGGAAAGUAGUCAAAAAAAGGAAACUCUUCAUAUCCUGAUUGUGUCACUGUCAUUGAGUAUAGCACUGUUUCUUCACUCCAGAGACUGCUAUAGAACUCCCAAUCCUAUUAAAAAAUUGCCUUUCCAUUAUUCUUAGCAUAUAUGAAUACAUGUUUAUAUUGCUUUAUAGUGAUAUCUAGAAUGUUUAUGUGUUGUAUACCAAUAAUAUGUCUCAGGCAUAGAGAGAGGUGUGAUAUGAUACAUCUAUCACUCUGAAGAGCUAGAUGAGAACACUACUAAUAUGGAGGAUUUUAGAAAAACAGUUUUAGUAAUGUGGACGUAGCAUAAGAGACAGUUCUGCUCUAGACUUUGGGAAAUAGACUCAGGCAUGGUAUAAUGUUUCUUGGGAACAAAAGGAGGAGUAGAAAGAGGAGAUGGAAAAGAUAGUAGAGAAAUGGGAAAAAUAGGAUGGAGGCAAAUACAUAUUUAGUAAUCAUAACUGUGAAUGUAAAUGGCAUGAAUUUCCCUAUAAAAUGUAAACAGAUAGCAAAGUGAAUUAAAAACUGGAAUCUUACAAUAUGAUGCUUGCAAGAAACAUUUGAAGCAAAGGGAAACAUAUAGAGUAAAGGAAAGGGGCUAGGAUGGAUUUGAAUAUGCUUCAGCUGAACUUUUUAAAAAAGAAGGGAUAGCAAUCAUGAUCUUAGACAAAGUAAAAUCAAAAAUAAAUUUAAUUAAAAGAGGUAAAUGAGAAUACUACAUCAUGAUACGAGGAUUUUUUAAAAAUCCCUAAAGAAUGGGUGUGUCAAAGAAUUAAUAACAGGGGCAAUC